UACACACAAAACUGCUAAGCUGUAGAGGAAAGCGUUUACAGUUGCUAUUCUUUGUUUUCUUAUGUCCGGAUAUUGUGAAGUAUUACAGUCGCCCGUAUGAUGGUGCUUAUUGACAACUUCCAAGCCUUUUAAAGAGUUAAAACAAGGAACAUAUAGUAUAACGCACUCAUUGACAGAUGUGCAUUCUAACUCAUUUUGUUUAUUUUGGAAGCUGACUGGCAAGUGCAAUUAAUCUUGAAAAUGAAUUCGGAAGAAGAGGAUCAACUUCUCCGUGGGGCUCGAAAUGGAAAUUUGGAUGUUGUGCAGCAGUUGUUACAGUGUAGAACUAAUGGUGAAGUUACAUUUGACAUCAGCUGCAAAGGUAGAAGCAAGUCAAAUAUGGGCUGGACACCUCUGCAUCUUGCUUGCUAUUUUGGACACAAAGAAGUAGUAGAAGAACUCUUAAAGGGUGGUGCCGAAUUAAAUGUUGUAAAUGAUAUGGGAGACACCCCACUACAUCGUGCAGCAUUUACUGAUCGAAAGGAGCUGGUUAUGUUGCUGUUACAACACAAUGCAGAUUCUCAGGUAGUAAAUGGUGCUGGGCAAACACCAAGAGAAGUUACACGAGAUAAAGAAAUACGAAACAUGCUUGAAGCUUAGCAGACCCAAGCCUCCAGACAUUAACUGUGUUGACCAACUUGGAAAUACUCCUUUGCAUUGUGCAGCAUACCGGAGCCAAAAACAGUGUGCCUUGAAACUUUUGAAGUACGGCGCCAAUGAAAAUAUUAAGAACAAAAACAAUCAGACUGCUCUUGACCUAGCUCAAGGAGCUGAAAUGAAACAAAUACUCAAAAACAUCCCUUCUAAGGGUCUUCACAGAACACUUAAACCAUUUGAAGGGUCACUUUUGAAGAGUUCACGAUUUUUUGGCUGGAAACUCUGCUGGGUUAUACUGGAUAAUGGAGUCCUUUCCUGGUUUCAAAACAGGUCAGAUGCAACGUCUGGUGUUCAUCGAAAAGGAUGCAAGCCCUUAACCCAGGCUACAUGCACGGUAAAACCCUCCGAUAGCAGCAUUUUCUCAAUUAAAUGUUUUGAUGACAGUAUUCAUGUUUUUAAAGUUUCUUCAAAAGAGUCUCCAGAACAGACAAGAAAAAAAUGGUUGUCUGCCAUAGAGGAACAUUCUGCCUAUAGCACUCAAUACUGCUACCAAGACCAGAUUAGUGAAGACGAAGAUGACGUAAUUCCUGAAAGUGAUUUAAAGGAUUCGUUGAAGAAAGCCCAGCUAUGCCAGCAGAAAUUGGAAAAAGAAGUUUCAAACCUUGUGACAGUGAUGCAAAACUUUGAAAGCACAAAAGGUUUUUCAUCCUUUCGGUACAAAGCUUUGGAAGUGUCUGAAUCUUCAAAGGAGACCUAUGCAGCUUUGAGCGUAUGUCUUGCUCUCUUUCUCAAACAAGAUAUGAUUCGAAAUUCCAGGCUAGAGCAAGAACAAGAGAGAAACAAGAUCCUUUCAGAAGCACUGGAAACACUUGCCACCGAACAUCAUGAGUUAGAGCAGUCUUUUGCUAAAGGAUCCUCUCCUCAAAGUAUUUUUAGUGAUGAUGAAUUUUAUGAUGCUGUCUCAGACUCUGACUCGGAACAUUCUAUGAGUGGAUUUGAAACUGUUACAAGUCAUUCGUUUGACGAAGAAACAAGGAUCUGUAGCAAUACAACAACAUCCGUCAUGUCAGGUUAUGGGAAUCAUGAUGGUACAGAACCCCAGCCUAAUGGUUUACGAAAGUACAGGACAAGUCUACCUGCGCCAAUGUUUUCCAGAAAUGAUUUUAGUAUCUGGAGUAUCCUGAGAAAGUGCAUUGGGAUGGAGCUGUCCAAAAUUACAAUGCCAGUCAUUUUUAAUGAGCCUCUCAGCUUCCUGCAGCGACUUACUGAGUACAUGGAACACACAUACCUCAUCCACAAAUUAAAUGACUGCUCAGAUUCUGUUGAGAGAUUACAGUGCGUAGCAGCAUUUGCUGUUUCUGCUGUUGCUUCACAGUGGGAACGGACAGGGAAACCAUUUAACCCUCUUCUUGGGGAGACAUAUGAGCUUCUAAGAGAUGAUCUUGGAUUCAGACUUGUAUCAGAACAGGUGAGCCAUCAUCCACCAGUGAGUGCAUUCCAUGCAGAAGGGCUGAACAGUGAUUUUGUAUUCCAUGGUUCAAUCUAUCCGAAACUCAAAUUCUGGGGAAAAAGUGUGGAAGCUGAACCAAAGGGAAUUAUUACACUAGAACUUCUCAAGCAUAAUGAAGCAUAUACAUGGACAAACCCCACCUGCUGUGUACAUAAUAUUAUUGUUGGAAAGCUUUGGAUUGAGCAGUAUGGUAACAUGGAGAUAAUAAAUCACAAAACUGGAGACAAAUGUGUUUUAAAUUUUAAGCCAUGUGGUCUGUUUGGCAAAGAACUGCACAAGGUUGAAGGCUAUAUUCAGGAUAAAAGCAAAAAGAAGCUGUAUGCACUGUAUGGAAAAUGGACAGAGUGUUUGUAUACCGUUGAUCCUGCUACCCAUGAAGCCCACAGGAAGAGUGACAAGAAAAAUUCAGAUGAGAAGAAGAAUAGUAAGCAGGCUGGUAAUACUGAAGAACCAGAUGAAAUGCCAUUACCAGAGGCUGAAAGUGUGCAGGUUAUUCCAGGAAGUCAUCUGCUGUGGAGAAUAAACCCAAGACCACCCAAUUCUGCUCAGAUGUACAACUUCACAAAUUUUGCCAUGUCCUUGAAUGAACUUCACAAGGAAAUGGAGAGUGUGUUACCUUCAACUGAUUGUAGGUUACGACCAGAUAUAAGAGCCAUGGAAAAUGGAGACAUAGAUUUAGCUAGUGAAGAGAAAAAGAGAUUAGAAGAAAAACAAAGAGCUGCUCGGAAAAAUAGGAAUAAAUCAGAUGAAGACUGGAAACCAAAGUGGUUUCACCAAGGUCCAAAUCCAUACAAUGGGUCUCAGGACUGGUUGUACUCAGGAGGCUACUGGGACAGAAACUACACAAAUUUACCCAAUAUAUAUUAAUAAGCUCAUCAAAUAAGUCACCUUGUUUAUUUAUUUCUGGCAACUUUUGAUUUUUUUUUUCAUGAAGUGAAUUUUGUACCAUUGCCUCUUGCUAGGAGGUGGCUUUCAGCUGCAAUUUUGUUCAUUCCGAUUCCACAGUUAAUGAACUUGUAAAGAAAGUCUUAAUUGUUUUUAAGACAUGAAUAGCAAUAGUUUAAAAUGAAUAGCACGUUGAGAUAUGGUGUUUUUGACACUGUUAGAUGUAGGCUGAAGUUUCCUUCUGUGCUGUGGUGUGCACUGCCACAGAGGAAAACAAAGUUUUUCUUGAAUCCCAGAACAAAAAGACUGUAGAGUCUGUUAGACAAAGCAGACCUUUUCAAGAUCAUAACUUUGACCACUGCUCAAAUUAUAUAUUUAUUAUCAUAGAAGAAUGUAUCAACUAUGACAGUUUCAUUAGUAGUACAGUAUGAAGAUGUAUUUUCUUACAAACAAGCAUGAUGAUUGUAUCUCCUCCCUCUGACAAACAUUUAUGUUUCAUAAAUUUCCAGAAACGCACAUGCUGUUUUUUAAAGAAUUAUAUUUCUUAACGUAGUUUUCAGUAAUGUAAUGAUAAGCUCAUAUGUAAUAUUUAAAGUGUGAUACAAAUGCACUUUUUAAAAAAAACAGAUAAACAAAUUAGGUUAUUUUGGUAUAACUACAUUGUUCUUUUCCUUGCAAUGUUUUGUGUUUAAAUUGGAUUUGUAAGACAGUUUACUUUAUAAAAAGAGAAAUUAAUACUUAUUUCAGGAAAUGGAAAGCCAUGGGAUAACCCUAAACACUGAGCCUGAUUUUGCAAGCUGUAGCCCUCAGUCUUUAAAAAGUCCUGUGAUUACAUGUAAAUUGCACUAUUAAUCUCUGUUGCUGAAUCCUUGUACAUGACAUUGGAAGAGAACAACAAAAUAACCAAGUUCAAGUGAUAUAGUUUUGUGAAAGAAGAUGCACAUUUUUUGGCAUGCUGUCCGUGCCUUGUUGAAUGACUUUAAAACUCAUUUUGUUAUAAUGUGACUUCACCUGUGAUAAUGCUCUUUCUGAGGACCUGUUGUACAGAUCUUGUAUGGUUUGCCCUUUGUAUAUGGGAUAUGUUAUUAUAAGAAAUCUUAGAAAUAAUAAUGUUUAUUUAUUAAAAGAAAAAAUAGUAUUGUAUAAAGCAGCUAUUUUUCACUUAAUGAAGUUUUUAACUACUGUCUUAGUGCUGUUGAGAGGUUUCCACUGUAUUAGAAUCAUACGUAGUAAGCCACUGCUAAAUAAAGACUUUAUAUAGCAGA